GUUUUCGUUUGGUAACCUGUUUAUUCUCUGGUAUGUUUCUGCAACGUAUUUUGUGUAAUGUUGUAUGAUUUUUCAGUUAUAAUCUACAAACUGAGGACAUACAUAUUGAUGUUGAAUACCUGAUGUCUUUGCCCUACAUCUCUGGUGAACAGCAAGAUGUCUGUGCACAACUCACCAGGAAGGUAUAUGUUCUGAUCUACACUGUUGAUAAAUAAGACGUCUGUGCAAAACGUGAACUGAAGACCUCCAUCUGAAAAUCAGUGUCAUUAGCUGCUGUUACAACUAUGAACUGCGACUUCUGUUACAACUAUGAAAUGUGAAUUCUGUUACAACUAUGAACUGCGACUUCUGUUACAACUAUGAAAUGUGAAUUCUGUUACAACUAUGAACUGUGAAUUCUGCUCAAAGUUUUGUAGAAGUAAAUCUAAAUUAGAAAGACACAUGCGCGUCCAUACUGGAGAGAGACCGUUCAAAUGUGGAAUGUGUUUCAAGGAUUUCUCUACCAAGAGUAACAUUAAAACACAUAUCAGUAUUCACACUGGUGUAAAACAAUUUGGAUGUGAUAUCUGUAAAAAAUCCUUUGCUCUGAGUUUCAGGUUAAAGCGACAUUUGUUGAUUCAUACUGAUGAGAAACAUUUCAAAUGUGACAUCUGCAACAAACGUUUUACACAGAGUUCCAGUUUGAAAAGACAUAAAAUGCGUCAUACUGGUGAGAAACCUCUCAAAUGUGAUAUCUGCUCCAAACGUUUUAGAGGUAGUUCCAAUUUGAAAAGCCAUAAAAUGCUACAUUAUGGUGAGAAACCUUUCAAAUGUGAGGUGUGCACGAAACGAUUUAUAAGCACUAACAUUUUAAAACGCCAUAUGUUAAUUCAUACUGGUGAGAAAGCUUUCAAAUGUCAUAUGUGCACAAAAUGUUUUACACAGAAUUCCAGUUUGAAAAGGCAUAACAUUCUUCAUAAUGGCGAAAAACCUUUCAAAUGUGAUAUGUGCACAAAAUGUUUUACAACGACUACAGAAUUAAAACACCACAUAUCGGUUCAUACUGUUGAAAAAACAUUUAAAUGUGAUUUUUGCACAAAAUGUUUUACACAUACUUCCCAUUUGAAAAACCAUCAAAUACUUCAUUAUGGCCAGAAACCUGUCCAAUGUGAUAUGUGCACAAAAUGUUUUGCGACUACUACAGAAUUAGAACGCCAUAUAUUGAUUCAUACUGGUGAGAAACCUUUCAAAUGUGAUAUGUGCACAAAAGGAUUUCCAAGCACCAGAGACUUGAAACGUCAUAUGUUUAUUCAUAGUGAUGAGAAACCUUUCAAAUGUGGUGUGUGCAAAAAGGGAUUUUCAAGCACUAGGGACUUGAGACGCCAUAUGUUCAUUCAUACUGGUGAGAAACCUUUCAAAUGUGAUACGUGCACAAAAUGUUUUACACAAAGUUCCAGUUUAAAAACCCAUACAUUUCUUCAUACUGGUGAGAAACCUUUUAAAUGUGAUAUGUGCACAAAAUAUUUUACACAGAUUUCCAGUUUAAAAACUCAUAAAAUGCUUCAUUAUGGUGAAAAACCUUUCAAAUGUGAUAUGUGCACAAAAUGUUGUGUGACAACUACAGAAUUAAAACGUCAUAUGUUAAUUCAUACUGGUGAGAAACCAUUCAAAUGUGAUAUGUGCAAAAAAGGGUUUACACGGAGUUCCUGUUUGAAAAAACAUAAAAUGCUUCAUAAUGGUGAAAAGCCAUUCAAAUGUGAUUUGUGCACAAAAUGUUUUACACAGAGUGCCCAUUUGAAAGACCAUAAAAUGUUUCAUUAUGGUGUGAAACCUUUCAUUUGUGAGGUGUGCGCAAAAAGUUUCACAACCAAUACAGACUUAAAACGCCAUAUAUUGAUUCAUACUGGUGAGAAACCAUUCAAAUGUGAAAUUUGCACAAAAUGUUUUACACAGAAUUCUGGCUUAAAAAAACAUAAAAUGCUUCAUUUUGGUAAGAAACCUUUCAAAUGAGAGGUGUGCACAAAAUGUUUUACAACCAGUGUAAGCUUUAAAAGCCAUAUAUUGCUACAUACUGGCGAGAAACCUUUCAAAUGUGAAGUGUGCACAAAAUGGUUUGCACAGAAUUCUGACUUGAAACAACAUAUGUACUUUCAUUCUGUUGAGAAACCUUUCACGUGUGAUGUGUAGAUAACAUUGUUCUCAACGUUAUCCUAAAACAACAUACGUCAAUUAAUGCAGGAGAGAAACCUUUCAAAUGUGAAGUUUGCAAAACACAUAUCAAACAGUGGAACGUUAAGAAUGACAAGCGUGGGGAGGGGAGGGGAGGGGUUAUACAAAUUAAUCACACAUUAUGGUCCAUACCGAUUGCAAAUGAAGUGCACGCAUGAAGUGCUUUGGAUACAGUAGCCAUUUGGACAAACAAAUGUAAAAUUUGCACAAAAUGUUUUGCAGAUCAGACCCGCUUUAAGGACCAUGGGCCGAUAUGGAACAGAUAAAUCAACCUGCACUGAUAGGAUUCAAAGCACAGACUCUCAAGAUUAGAAUCAUUGUGCCAUACCAAAUGUCAGUAGGAACAUUUUAUAUACCAACACUUUUGCAUUCAUAUAUCUGGAUUUUGUAAGACUGGGUAAUAUUAAUAUUCAGUGUUAACACUGGUUUAUGUAAGAUGCUGACAGGUUGCCCAUCUGGAUUUUCAGUCGACUGGGACGAUCGGGAAACCGUUAAGAUCGAACUCUUGAGUUAUCUCUAUCCCAGUGACUAACUAUACAAUAUAAGAUAUUUACAAUAAAAUAUGGUUGUGAUGAUAAUGUUAAAGUCAAGAAAAGCCUGCAUUUUUAUGACCUGAAAACAAUUUAUUAAUUACUUAAAAUAUAUUUGUUCAUUUAGCUAUUACCUUUGGUACACAUAGACUGAAAUAAAACAUUAGUUACAUAAAUGUA